AUGCAGGAUCCAGGGAGCUUUGUAAUUCCUUGCACCAUUGGAGAUGUCACCAUCCCGAGAGCUUUAUGUGAUCUUAGAGCUAGCAUAAAUCUCAUGCCACUUUCAGUGAUGAAAAAGCUCCAAAUUGAGGAGGUAAAAACCAAUCGUAUUUCUCUUCAACUUGCUGAUCUUUCUAUUAAAUUUCCUGUGGGUGUUGUUGAGGAUUUACUUGUGAAAGUAGGACCAUUUAUUUUUCCUGCUGAUUUUGUUAUAUUGGAUAUGGAAGAAGAUGCAAAGUCUUCUAUUGUUCUUGGUACACCAUUUUUAGCUACAGAUAGAGCUUUGAUUGAUGUGCAAAAGGGUGAAUUAACCCUGAAGGUCAAUGAAGAGCAGGUGGUCCUUAAUGUAUUUGAAGCUCUCAAACACCCUAAUGAUUCUAAAGGGUGUAUGAGAGUUAAUGUUGUUGAACCACUUGUUCAAGAGGUACUGGAAGCUAAGGUUGAAGUUGAUGAUUCACCACCCCAAAAGGAGCUGAUGAACAUGCUUGAAGCAAAGGAGGAAGCUCCCAAGCUUGAGCUCAAACCCUUGACUCCUUCUUUGAAAUAUGUAUUCUUGGGUGAAAAUGAUUCAUAUCCAGUGAUUAUUAGCUCUUUUCUGAAGCUUGGAGAGGAAUAG